AUGAAAAACCCUCAAAGCAGAAACAAGCCAGCGAAAAAGGAAGAAAUCCACCCACAUCUGUACGACCUAUCCGUAAUAAAAUCGGAGCUGGAUGAAAUUCUUGUUGAAUACCUCACUGAGUUGGAGAAGUACCAAGAAGACACGAUCUUCACUGACAUAAGAAUUGCCAUAGGGAUUGCGACGGCAUCCAUUGCUAUCUCUGUUUUCCUUCUAGUGGAGCGCGCUGGCCUGAAUGCAAACCGAAUAGGAAUCAUUGUACUUCUUGUUUCCUUCUGGAUCCUUGCAUAUGCAGAAAGCAUUAUCAUGAAGGUCUUCUUUUACCACACUUUUUCUGGCACAAAAGAUACCCACAAAGUGAAAGUAAUCACAAAGAUCGCAGACACACUCCCUAUAUAUACAAUACUAAUAUACUCAGGGCAGAAGAAAAUACCAAGCAAAACCUCCAUAGACAUUCGCUCUGUGUAUGCUGAUAAUUUUCUAAUUGUAAGUGGCUUUAGACGCAUAAUAAAAGACUGCCUGAGUAGUGCAUAA